AUUAGACUAGGACGUAAGCAUCGAGUGCAAGACAAACAAUCUCAAGUUUCAGUGGUGCUCUGAACACGACGGGUUUGUGUUGUGGGGUUAGGUUUUUGUGUGGCCAUCGUGCAGUGUUUACUCCGGCACGCUGUUGAAGGAGUUGUGGGCCCAAAUAAUUUUUAUUGUUUAUCUCGAACGAACCUUAUAAAAAUAUAUCUCGAAUAGUAAUUUUUAGCUAACAAUGGCAUACGACGGUUAUAAUAACGUUGGUGAUCACCAGUAUGGUGAUGGGUAUAUGGAACCCGAAGAAGAAUGGGAACGAGAAGGAUUAUUAGAUCCAGCUUGGGAGAAACAACAAAAAAAGACAUUUACUGCAUGGUGUAACAGUCACUUAAGAAAAGCUGGAACAGCAAUCGAAAACAUCGAAGAGGAUUUUCGUAAUGGAUUAAAACUAAUGCUUUUACUCGAAGUUAUAUCUGGUGAAACUUUACCAAAACCUGAUCGCGGUAAAAUGCGUUUCCACAAAAUUGCCAAUGUAAAUAAAGCACUAGAUUAUAUUGCAAGUAAAGGUGUUAAACUGGUUUCAAUUGGUGCAGAAGAAAUUGUCGAUGGAAACUUAAAAAUGACAUUAGGUAUGAUCUGGACAAUUAUCUUACGUUUCGCUAUUCAAGACAUCAGCGUUGAAGAGAUGACAGCCAAAGAAGGAUUGUUGUUAUGGUGUCAACGUAAAACUGCUCCAUAUAAGAAUGUUAAUGUACAAAACUUCCAUUUAUCAUUCAAAGAUGGUUUGGCAUUCUGUGCCCUCAUUCACAGACAUCGUCCCGAUUUAAUCGACUACAACAAAUUGAGCAAAGAUAACCCAUUAGAAAAUCUUAACACCGCCUUUGAUGUUGCUGAGAAAUACCUCGAUAUCCCACGGAUGCUUGACCCCGAUGAUUUACAGAAUACAGCCAUGCCGGAUGAGCGUGCGGUUAUGACAUACGUUUCGUCAUAUUAUCAUUGUUUUUCCGGAGCACAAAAGGCUGAAACAGCUGCAAAUAGAAUUUGUAAGGUACUUAAAGUCAACCAAGAAAAUGAACGUUUAAUGGAAGAAUAUGAACGAUUAGCUAGUGAUCUUUUAGAAUGGAUCAGACGUACAAUGCCAUGGCUUGCAUCGCGACAAACAGACAAUUCUUUGGCUGGAGUACAGAAAAAACUCGAAGAAUAUCGUACAUACAGACGUAAACAUAAACCACCACGUGUUGAACAAAAGGCCAAACUUGAAACAAAUUUCAAUACCCUCCAAACAAAAUUACGUUUAUCAAAUCGACCAGCUUACAUGCCAACUGAAGGAAAAAUGGUUACCGACAUUGCUAAUGCAUGGAAAGGUUUAGAAACUGCUGAAAAAUCAUUUGAAGAAUGGUUAUUAAGUGAAAUGAUGCGGUUAGAACGUCUCGAACAUCUUGCUCAAAAAUUCAAACACAAAGCCGAUAUUCACGAAGGAUGGACUCAUGGCAAAGAAGAAAAAUUACAAAGUCAAGAUUUCAGACAAUGUAAAUUGAAUGAUUUGAAAGCACUUAAAAAGAAGCACGAGGCUUUCGAAUCCGAUCUGGCUGCACAUCAAGAUCGUGUUGAACAAAUUGCUGCUAUUGCACAAGAAUUAAACACUUUGGAAUACCAUGACAGUGUUAGCGUGAAUGCAAGAUGCCAACGUAUUUGUGAUCAAUGGGACAGACUUGGUGCUUUAACACAACGAAGACGUCAAGCAUUGGAUGAUGCUGAAAGAAUUUUGGAAAAGAUUGACAUAUUACAUUUAGAGUUCGCAAAACGUGCUGCACCAUUCAACAAUUGGUUAGAUGGUACACGCGAAGAUCUUGUUGAUAUGUUUAUCGUUCACACGGUAGAAGAAAUUCAAGGCCUUAUUGAUGCUCAUGCACACUUCAAAGCAACAUUAGGUGAAGCUGAUAAGGAAUAUCAAAGUAUAAUUGGUCUUGUACGAGAAGUUGAAUCGAUCGUUAAACAACAUCAAGUACCUGGUGGCUUAGAGAAUCCGUACACAACCUUAAUUGCUAAUGACUUAACAUCUAAAUGGGUUGAUGUCAGGCAACUUGUUCCACAACGUGAUGCAACUUUACAAGCUGAAUUACGAAAACAGCAGAACAAUGAAAUGCUUCGUCGUCAAUUUGCCGAAAAAGCAAAUGCAGUUGGUCCAUGGAUGGAACGUCAAUUAGAUGCUGUUACCGCUGUUGGAAUGGGUGUAGCCGGUGGUACUUUAGAAGAUCAAUUACGCCGCUUACGUGAAUACGAACAUGCUGUUUACGCAUACAAACCACAUAUCGAAGAAUUAGAAAAGAUCCAUCAAGCCAUUCAAGAGGGCAUGAUCUUCGAAAACAGAUACACACAAUAUACAAUGGAAACAUUACGAGUUGGCUGGGAACAAUUAUUAACAUCAAUAAACCGUAAUAUUAAUGAAGUUGAGAAUCAAAUAUUAACACGUGACUCAAAGGGUAUUACACAAGAACAAUUAAGUGAAUUUAGAUCAUCAUUCAAUCACUUCGAUAAGAAUCGUACUGGGCGCUUGGCACCUGAAGAAUUCAAAUCAUGUUUAGUAUCAUUAGGGUAUUCAAUUGGCAAAGAUCGUCAAGGUGAUAUUGAUUUCCAAAGAAUUUUGGCAGUUGUUGAUCCAAAUAAUAGUGGCUAUGUCCACUUUGAUGCAUUCUUGGACUUCAUGACCAGAGAAAGUACUGACACUGAUACUGCUGAACAAGUUAUAGAUAGCUUCCGUAUUCUUGCCGCUGAUAAGCCUUACAUUUUGCCUGAUGAAUUAAGAAGAGAAUUACCACCUGAUCAAGCUGAAUAUUGUAUUCAACGAAUGCCACCAUAUAAAGGACCAAAUGCUGUACCUGGUGCUUUAGAUUACAUGUCAUUCUCUACCGCACUUUAUGGAGAAUCCGAUUUAUAAACAAUAACAACAAGGGAAAAUUUCAUUUCAUUCACACAUGUUUAAAUGCUUUGGAAAAUUCAUCACUGCGGAAAAUCCGAUCCGCAGCCAACAACAUCCGAUGAAAACAAAACUAGAUAAACAU